AUGGUCCUCGGGCUCUUCGCGCCUUUGUCAGGAUACCUCCGGACAGGUGUCUUUAGAUCGUUUGUUUACAGCUUCUUGCGCAACACCCAAUGGAUUGGUAGUGUUCCUUCGUACAGACUUCUCUCAAAUGAAUCGCAAUCACAUUCGAAGGUUAUUUACCAUAAUAUUCUUAUUGUUUUGCUUUAUCUGCAGAGCGCACAUACGUUUGACGGGCAUAUUCCCCUUGGUUUGUUCUUAUGUCAUAGAUAAUUUUAAGAGGAAAUUGAGAUUUCUUAUUCAAACGCAAGUGGUCCUGGCGGUCAACACGUCAACAAAGGUAUACAGUUCUUAAAAAUCUACCCUUGCAGCAAAGACGAAGGUGGAAAUACGAUUCCAUGUUGCUUCUGCCUCAUGGAUUCCUGAAGUCCUUAAGCCUGUUAUUUUGGAAAAAGAAUCAAACCGCAUAUCCAAGGACGGAUUUCUUAUCAUACAAUCCGAUAAAACGAGACAACAACUGCUUAAUCAGGCCGAUUGCC